CUUGCGCUUCAUUUUGGAUUUUUCUUUUACACGCGGCAUACGAAAAAGAAGGUUAAGUUGCUGCUGGCUGCCGAGAGUUUUAGUGGUUUUUAUUGAAAUAAAAUUAAAACUAAAUGAGCAAAGUAUAACGCCAUGUUUGUACUCUACGAAACGCCGGCGGGCUACGCGAUUUUCAAACUGCUGGACGAAAAGAAGCUCGAGCAGGUGGAUAAUCUGUACCAGGAGUUCGAGACUCCGGAGAAGGCCAACAAGCUGCUAAAACUUAAACACUUUGAGAAGUUCAACGACACCACAGAGGCGCUGGUCGCUGCUACGGCGGCUGUGGAGGGAAAGGUGGCCAAGCCGCUAAAGAAGACCCUGAAGAAGCUGCUCGUUGACGACGUGCAGUCGCCCCUCCUCGUCGCAGAUGCCAAGCUGGGCACUGCUAUCAAGGACAAGCUCUCGGUACAGUGUGUUUACAACACGGGCGUGCAGGAGCUGAUGCGCUGCAUUCGCCAGCAGGCGGACAGCCUGCUGGGUGGUCUGCCCAAGCGAGAGAUGACCGCCAUGGCCUUGGGUCUUGCCCAUUCCCUGUCGCGCUACAAGCUCAAGUUCUCUCCAGACAAGAUUGACACCAUGAUCGUGCAGGCCCAGUGUCUGCUUGACGACCUGGACAAGGAGCUGAACAACUACAUGAUGCGAGCCCGCGAGUGGUACGGCUGGCACUUCCCCGAGCUGGGAAAGAUCAUCACGGACAACAUUGCCUUUGUGAAGACCAUCAAGCUGGUGGGCACCAGAGACAAUAUGGCGACCAGCGAUCUAUCUGACAUUCUGCCCGAAGACGUGGAAGAGAAGGUCAAGGAGGCGGCCGAGAUCUCGAUGGGAACUGAAAUAUCUGAGGAGGAUGUACUGAACAUCCAGUGCCUGUGCGACGAGAUCAUAUCCAUCAAUGAUUACCGCAUCCAUCUGUACGACUACUUGAAGGCCAGAAUGAUGGCCAUGGCUCCGAAUCUGACGGUCCUCGUCGGCGAUACAGUGGGCGCUCGGCUGAUCGCACACGCAGGUUCGCUUAUCAACCUGGCCAAGCAUCCCUCUUCCACCGUGCAGAUUUUGGGCGCCGAAAAGGCUCUAUUCCGUGCACUAAAAACCAAGAAGGAUACGCCAAAGUACGGUCUGAUCUACCACGCGCAGUUGGUGGGACAGGCUAGUCAGAAGAACAAGGGCAAGAUGUCGCGUUCGCUGGCCGCCAAGGCGUCGCUAGCCACGCGCGUUGAUGCCUUUGGCGAGGAGGCCACCUUUGAACUUGGUGCCGCGCACAAGGUUAAGCUGGAGUCGCGGCUGCGACUCCUAGAGGAGGGCAACCUACGCAAACUCUCCGGCACCGGCAAGGCCAAGGCGAAGUUCGAGAAAUACCAGGCUAAGAGUGAGGUGUUCACCUAUCAACCGGAGGCCGACAACACCUUGAACGUCAAGAAACGCAAGCACUCCGAAUCCGAGCAGACACCUGUUAAGAAGGAAAUCAAGGAGGUCAAGGACGAGCCGGUUGAGGAGGAUACAGAAGUCAAGUCCGAAAAGAAGAAGAAAAAGAAGAAGAAGCAAAAGGACGAGGAGGCUGCUGAAGAGGCGGCGGCGCCUGAGCCAGAAGAUCAGCCUACUCCAGCCAAGAAAAAGAAAAAGUCAAAGCACCAGGAUUAGUUUUGCACCUUGACUAGUUGUAGGUCCUAAGUUUUAGUAUCCUAGGUUACUUUACUGUAAAAUAUAGAAUUUUACAAUUAUCCACAAAAAUAAAGUUUCUGUUGUACAUUAGAAAUAUACUGUAAUAUUUUCCAAAAAAAAAAAAAUACAAUGUAUGUUCUUCA